AUGCACAAAUAUUUGACUUUUGCUGGAAAUCAUUCAUGUGUCGAGAAUGUCAAGUAUGGCAAGAGCUGUAGCUGGUGUAUUCGUAACGACACAGAGAACGAAGAAUGCCAAACGAGCGCUAAGACCGUGAAACUCUGGCUAUUGGCUCUCAUAUCCCUGAGCUCCAUGCUCACAGAAAUUCUGAUAUUUUUCAGACCUGGUCGUCAAAAUGACGACGAGUCUGCAUCAACUAACUGA